UUUCUCUUCCGCUGCCGGUGACUGAGCGUGGUCGCGGGGAACAGUUGGAUUUAUGCAUUAGCUCUUAAAACUGCUAAGCUUACUCCGCUUUCCGCCAUGUCUUACCCAAACGAGGACGAAGAAGUAAGGUGUGAACCCUACAGCUACAGUGACUAUGAUCUUCAUACUGGUGACCCCAAAGCAGAUUUGGCGUACGAGCGCCAGUACGAGCACCAGCAGACAUACCACGUCAUCCCCGAGGUGAUCAAGAACUUCCUACAGUAUUUUCACAAGACCAUCUCAGACCUGAUCGACCAGAAGGUGUACGAGCUGCAGGCCAAUCGCGUCUCCAGUGAGAGCAUCGAGCAGAAGAUCUACGAGAUUCAGGAUGUCUACGAGAACAGCUGGAAUAAGUUGACAGAGCGAUUCUUCAAGACGUCUCCAUGGCCCGAGGCAGAAGCAAUUGCCUCCUUGGUCGGAAAUGAUGCAGUUUUCCUGAUUCUUUACAAAGAACUGUAUUACCGACACAUUUACGCCAAAGUCAGUGGUGGACCAACACUUGAUCAGAGAUUUGAGUCCUACUACAAUUACUGCAACCUUUUCAACUACAUUCUAAAUGCUGAUGGCCCUGCCCCGUUGGAGCUUCCCAACCAGUGGCUCUGGGACAUAAUUGAUGAGUUCAUCUACCAGUUCCAAUCAUUUAGCCAGUACCGCUGUAAGACAGCCAAGAAGUCAGAGGAGGAGAUCGACUUCCUAAGAAACAACCCGAAGAUUUGGAAUGUCCACAGCGUGCUGAACGUGCUGCACUCUCUGGUGGACAAGAGCAACAUCAACCGUCAGCUGGAGGUCUACACCAGUGGAGGAGACCCAGAGAGUGUGGCUGGAGAAUAUGGGCGUCACUCUCUCUACAAGAUGCUGGGUUACUUCAGUUUGGUGGGCUUGCUGAGACUGCACUCUCUGCUGGGAGAUUACUACCAGGCCAUCAAAGUUCUGGAGAACAUCGAGCUCAACAAGAAGAGCAUGUACUCACGUGUGCCCGAGUGCCAAAUCACCACCUACUACUACGUUGGCUUUGCGUACCUCAUGAUGCGGCGCUACCAGGAUGCCAUUCGUGUCUUUGCCAACAUUUUGCUCUACAUCCAGAGAACCCGCAACAUGUUCCAGAGGUCGACCUACAAAUUUGAAAUGAUAAACAAACAGAACGAGCAGAUGCACGGGCUGCUUGCCAUCGCGCUCACCAUGUAUCCCAUGCGCAUCGAUGAGAGCAUCCACACGCAGCUCCGGGAGAAGUACGGCGAUAAGAUGCUGCGCAUGCAGAAAGGAGACCUGCAGGUGUUUGAGGAGCUGUUUAGCUUCGCCUGUCCCAAGUUCCUUUCACCGGUCGUUCCCAACUAUGACAACGUGCACCCAAAUUACCAUAAAGAACCUUUCCAGCAGCAGCUCAAAGUGUUCGCCGAGGAGGUCCAACAGCAGGCUCAGCUCUCCACCAUCCGCAGUUUUCUGAAACUGUACACCACCAUGCCCGUGGCUAAGCUGGCUGGAUUUCUGGACAUGACCGAACAGGAAUUCAGGAUCCAGCUGCUUGUUUUUAAACACAAAAUGAAGAACUUGGUGUGGACCAGCGGCAUCUCUGCAUUGGACGGAGAGUUCCAGUCUGCAUCCGAGGUCGACUUUUACAUCGACAAGGAUAUGAUCCACAUUGCAGACACAAAGGUGGCUCGCCGUUAUGGAGACUUCUUUAUCCGACAGAUCCACAAAUUUGAGGAACUAAAUCGUACACUGAAGAAAAUGUCCGCAUCUGGCACCUCUGGCACCAGCAGCUCCACCACACGGUCAUAAUAAUGACCACAGGGCGAUGGUUGUCUCAAUUCAAAGGUUUGGGCAACUAUGCCAGAAGAAGCAGUGAUCCAAAUGAGACAUUUACUAACAGAUCAGAGAUAAAUCAGACCAUGUGUCUGCUUGACUAUUUUAGGGAGACCGACUUGAUUCACAACUUAUCCUACAGCUCUUUUGUAAGUCUAGAGUUGAGAAAAUAAAAUUGAUGUGGUAAACACAAA